UGGGAUGUUCAUGGGCAUAUCUCCAUUCUCUUUUAUUUUCAAUGUUAUUGUCUGUGUCUCUCCUUCCUCCCAGAGAGAAGCCUCUGUUCAUAGCCAAGGGACUAAAGGCAUCUUUACACAGUCAGAGGUGACCCAAGAGAAGGGGAAAGAGAUGGAAGAGGAGAACUCAGAAGGACCUGGAAUUGGCAAGACAGCAAGGAAAGGCCUCCAUCCCACCGAAGCUGGGAGUGGUGUUGAAUUCUGGGAAAGCCAGGUGCCAGAUAUCCAUGAUCAGCAAACUGCAAUCUCAGCUCUACAUUGCCAGCACUUCCGGCAGUUCCGUUACCAUGAGGUUGAUGGGCCCCGAGAGGUUUGCAGCCAGCUCCAUGAACUUUGCAGCCACUGGCUGAAGCCAGAGAAAUGUGCCAAGAAGCAGAUCCUGGACCUGGUGAUCCUGGAGCAGUUCCUGACUAUCCUGCCCCAAGAAAUGCAGCAUUGGGUCAGAGAAUGUGGGCCGGAGACCAGUUCUCAAGCAGUGGCCCUGGCUGAAGGUUUCCUCCUGAGUCAGGCAGAGGAGAAAAGGCAAACAGAACAGAUCUGGGCACCAACCAUGAAGAAAGAUGCUACUUUCUCUGAUGCAGAAGGAGCUUCCUUGGAACAAGGGCAGAGAGCGCAGGCCCAGGAGUAUGCCCAAGAUACCCUCUCCUGUGAAUUUAGUACAAAGUGGGUGAGGUUUCAUAACUCUGGGAAGGGCGUGUGUGAAGCAGGGAACAAAGAAGCAAACACCCUUUCUCCUUUGUCUCACUAA